GUAGAAGAUUUAAAGGGGACUGUACACAAUCCACAGAUCAUGUCCUUUGGCUAAUACAGUACAUUGUUAAGUUGUUCUUAAAAUGAAAAUCAUUACAUGAGGAGCCUGGAAUCAAUGGAAGUGCAAUAAAACUAAGGUAAAAUGACAUUUCAACCAGAUAAACGGCUGGUCAGUUUAUUUGUCACAAGUUGGCACCUGCCACAUAAGAUUAGCAUGCGUGCCAAUCCCACGUUGAUAAAGCAACACGCCAACAGUGCCACCCGAAAAAGCAACAAAUCACCACUGCUGGAUAGAAUGUGCACCCUGUCUUACUGAACUUAUGCACAGUCUUUGCCUUGGCAAGACAGUAAGGACACUCUGCAGAUCAUCUCUGCCAGCACUUUGUAGGAAAAUGUUAUUCAGGGCAACACCAAGUCAUCAAUAUCUCCAGUAUUCUAGGUCUCUUAUAUUUAGUUUGGGCUUUGCAUCUAGCCCCAAUGGCAUAUCUUUCUGUGUGCCACAAAUACGACAAUUUAGUCUUAGCUCCGGCUUUUAUUUCCAUGUAUCUUUGCCUAAGUUGCAAAGCGAAAGGCCAGACAUGGCAGAACAGAGAUACUGCGUGGAAUAUGCCAAGCGUGGCACUGCGGGUUGCAAGAAGUGCAAGGACAAGAUCAUGAAAGGACUGGUGCGCAUUGGUAAAAUAGUGCGAAACCCAUUCAGUGAGUCUGCAGGGGAAAUGAAGGAGUGGUACCACGUGAAGUGCGUCUUUGAGAAGCUUGAGAGAGCUCGUGCCACCACAAAGAAAAUCGAGGAUAUCACAGAGCUGGAGGGAUGGCAGGAACUUCAGGAUGAGGAUAAAGAGCUAAUCAAUAAACAUGUUUCAGAAUUGGCAGCCAAAACCAAUGCAAGCCCAAAGAAGAAAGUGCAAGCUAAAUUAAACAACAGUGGGAAACUGUCAGCAACACUCGCUGAUCCAACAGUCAGUGCCCCCCGCAAGUUUUCUGGCUUCACAGCUGCCAAGGCUGGUUCCUCUUCUUCCAGUCCUGGACCAUCUCCUGCCAAAACCUCACAGGGUAGUGCUUUAUCAGCUCAGCUAUGUGACCCCAACCAUAAAGACUGUCUACUGAGGGAGUUCCGCAAACUGUGUGCCUUAGUGGCAGAGAAGUCAGGCUACAAUGCAAAGACAGAGAUUAUCAAAGACUUUUUGACAAAAGGCUCUGGUGGAGAUAAAUUCAGAGGAGAUUUGUAUCUGACAGUAAAGCUUCUUCUCCCAGGAGUGAUUAAGAAUGUCUACAACCUCAAUGACAAACAAAUUGUAAAGCUUUUCAGCCGCAUAUUUAAUUGCAAUCAGGAAGCGAUGGUGCAAGACCUGGAACAGGGAGAUGUUUCCGAGACAGUGCGCAUGUUUUUCGAGGACUGCAAGUCUUUCCCACCAGCAACCAAGGCUCUUCUGACCAUCCAGGAAGUGGAUGCUUCACUCAACCGACUAGCCCAGCUCACCAAGGAGGAUGAUCAGCAGGCAGAACUACAGGAUAUUGCUAAAAAAUGCACAGGAAAUGACUUGAAGUGUUACAUUCGCCUGGUCAAACAUGAUCUGAAAAUAAAUUCUGGGGCUAAGCAUGUCUUGGAUGCAGUGGACCCCAACGCCUAUGAUGCCUUCAGAGCCUCCCGUAACCUUGGUGACGUAAUUGACAGGAUACUGCAGAACCAGCAGCAUGCCUCUAACGGAACAGGACCGAGAAAGAUCCUGAGUGUGGAGGCCUCUCUGAUGACCCCUGUACAGCCAAUGCUGGCAGAAGCAUGUAAGUCCGUCGAGUAUGCCAUGAAGAAGUGUCCUAAUGGAAUGUACUCCGAGAUCAAGUAUGAUGGUGAGCGUGUGCAGGUCCAUAAGAAUGGCGAUCACUUCAGCUACUUCAGUCGCACUCUCAAACCAGUACUCCCACACAAGGUUGCCCACUUCAAAGAGUUCAUACCGCAGGCAUUUCCUGGUGGCCAUAGCAUGAUCCUUGAUGCUGAAGUUCUUCUUAUUGACAUAAGGACUAGCAAACCCCUGCCUUUUGGAACACUUGGAGUACACAAGAAAGCAGCUUUCCAGGAUGCUCAAGUGGGUCUGUUUGUGUUCGACUGCAUUUAUUUUAAUGGCAUCAGUCUUAUGGACAAGCCUCUCUGUGAAAGAAGAAAGUUUCUCCAUGACAAUAUGGUGGAAGUCCCUAACAGGAUUCUGUUCUCAGAAAUGAAGCUUGUGACGAGAGCUGCUGACUUGGCAGAAAUGAUCACACAUGUCAUCAGAGAGGGACUGGAGGGAUUAGUGCUGAAGGAUAUCAAGGGGCAUUAUGAGCCAGGGAAGCGUCACUGGUUGAAAGUGAAAAAAGAUUACCUAAAUGAAGGAACGAUGGCAGACGCUGCUGACCUUGUAGUGCUUGGAGCUUUCUACGGCAAAGGCUCAAAUGGUGGAAUUAUGUCCAGUUUCCUCAUGGGAUGCUAUGACCCAGAAUCCAGGAAGUGGUGCACUGUGACCAAGUGUUCUGGAGGCUACGAUGACGCAACCUUAGCCAGACUGCAGAAGGAGCUGGAUGUUAUCAAAAUAGGCAAAGAUCCAAGCAAGAUCCCAGGGUGGUUGACGAUCGUGAAGAACUAUUACCCAGACUUCAUUAUCCGAGAUCCACAAAAAGCACCAGUGUGGGAAAUUACAGGAGCAGAGUUUUCUAAAUCAGAAAUGCACACAGCAGACGGCAUAUCCAUCCGCUUCCCGCGAUGCACUCGCUUGCGGGACGACAAGGACUGGAAGACCGCCACCAACCUUCAGCAGCUCAAGGAACUGUAUCGUAUAUCAAAGGAGAAUUGUGAUUUUGAAGUAACAGCUGGUCCAUCCAAAACAAGCCAGAAUGACAAGAGCUCCUCGGGAGGUGAGAGUUGGGGCAGCACUCCCUCAACAUCACAUGGAACUUUCACUGUAAACAAGACCAAAAAUGGUCAUACCCCAAAAGCGAAGUCAGUGAAAUUGGAAUCGCCUUCUCCAGCUAAGAGAAAACUGCCCACAGAGGAACACAAAGCAAAAAAGAUAAAGACAGAACCCGUUCACAGCAAUGGACAAAGCAAAAUGAACACAACCAACCCAAAGAAUUAAAAGACUUUACUGGACAUUUUCACAGGUGUGAAGCUCUACCUCCCAGACUCAGUGCAGGACUUUUGCUAAGCUUUGGCGCUACUUCCUGACAUAUGGAGAUCUGGUGCCCAAAUAUGACUCUGGUAUGGCCACGCACACACUGGCAGAGGAGGACAGUCCGGCCCAGAGAGUCACGUCUAAUUGAAUCUGGGAAUGCAUUCACAAGAGGAGGGUGGUUCCCCCCCCGCUGAACUAAAUAGACUGUUCAAAAGACACUAGCACAAAGCUCAGGCAUUUUUCUCCUAUAGUGACAUUGCUUUUGAGAACAGCAAACAUGUUUCACCAUACCUACAGCUAUAGCAAUAAAGCUGUCAAUGAAGACAGCUGGGCUGAACGAACUUUACACCAUUUUUUUUUAAAUCACUUUUACCGCAUUGUGGUAUUGCACACAUUGUACUAGAAAGUGUACAAGUUUCCUAGCUUUAAGUUUGUUUUAGUUUUGACAUUGCCUUAGUGAUAUGUUUCAAUAUGGUUUUUCAUAUUUAUGAUUUUUAGACCUUUUGGUGUCAUUGGUCAAAGUUGUCAUUCAAGCAGUAAUAUUUGACUUCAUGAUACACAGCCUUUUAUCUGUUUUCACAAAGAUGUUUGUUCAAGAGUAUGCUUUUGAGCACAGGACAUGUGAUUAACAAUACAAUAGUACGAGCUAGGAUGCAUGAUUGUGGAAUUAAUUGUGUAGUAUGAAAAUUAGGUAAGAGUCUGUUAGCGUAGUAAUUGUAGUUGUGUAAUUUUGACUGUUCCAAUCAUUCUAAUUAAAACAAGCCUUUUAUGCAUAAAGAAAAAAUUGAUUUGUGCUUGAAUCAAGUCAGCCUAGCACACAACAGGGAACCACAUUUCUCCAUUGAGUGAUUGUGUGUU